AAGAGUUUUCCUUGUAAUCAUGGCAAGAACAAAGCAGACCGCUCGUAAAUCCACCGGAGGCAAAGCGCCCAGGAAGCAGCUCGCCACUAAAGCUGCCCGUAAGAGCGCCCCAGCCACCGGCGGUGUAAAGAAGCCUCAUCGUUACAGGCCCGGUACCGUAGCGCUGAGAGAAAUUCGCCGCUAUCAGAAGUCUACUGAGUUGCUGAUCCGUAAGCUGCCUUUCCAGCGUCUGGUGAGAGAGAUCGCUAGUGAUGGGCAGAGCGAGGCUUCCUUCGGAACGACUGUUUCGCGUCAGCCAUCCCUAGAGAUCGCCCAGGACUUCAAGACUGAUCUGCGCUUCCAGAGCUCCGCCGUCAUGGCCCUGCAGGAGUCCAGCGAAGCUUAUUUGGUCGGUCUGUUUGAGGACACCAACCUGUGCGCCAUCCACGCCAAGAGGGUCACAAUCAUGCCCAAAGACAUCCAGCUGGCUCGCCGCAUUCGUGGAGAGCGCGCUUAAACCUAAUUGCGUCCCUCACACCAAAGGCUCUUUUAAGAGCCACCACAAUUACACUGAACGAGAAAUUUCUCAUUGUUUACUUAAUUACAAAUGUUUUUUCGGUGUGUUUUAAGGGAUAUGUUCUUUAUAAAAUUGUUACUCAAUUGCUAUUUUUCUCUCCAAGUAUGUUAGUGAAGGGAUUGUGAACGAUUUUAAGUAGG